UUGAAUUUUGAUUAACAGAAUAAUAUAUUUCCUAUUAAUCAAAUCUUUUCUCCUAAAAAUUUCUAAAAUAGUUUAAACGUAUCCUUUUUUAACCGCUCAAAGCUUUAUCGUGCAACUUCCUCCCCUCGCAGUCUUACGUCCGAUAAGAUAAGAGUACGCGUGCAUCUAUGAUUUACAGCGUAGGCGGCCCGUUGGCGAUGGUGAUGACGUACCUGACGGAAUUCCAUUCGGCAAGGUAUAAACCCCGCUUCACCACAUGGACGGGAUUUCUCUUUGCCAUAGCAAACAUCGUACCAGCAGCUAUUGGCAUGACGGUAUUACCGUUAGACUGGCACAUUGAUAUCUUUGGCAAAGACUACGAUACUUGGCGUAUAUACAUACUGAUCUGUUCAAUACCACCCGUCGUCGGCCUUGUAACGGCGACCAUGUUGCCGGAAAGCCCUAAGUAUCUCAUGGCAACUGGCAGGUCAGAUGCUGCCUUGAAAUUGCUUAGGAGGAUGUAUUGUAUGAACACCCGCCAACCUGCGGAUACGUUCCCGAUAAAAGCUCUGUUCGUUCAGCAAAAGACGCAAUUGGCGCGUCCCAUGCUCGAGGCGAGCUUCGAAAGGAUGCGCAUCUCGUUGUACAACACGAAGAUACUACUGACGAGUCACCUGCCCGCUUUCUGCUUCGUAAGUUUCCUUCAAUUUGGAAGUAUGCUCGGAUUUCACAUAAUGAGAUUGUGGGUGCCGCAUCUUUUUAUCAUUGUCCGAAACUUUGACGAGGAAAAUUGGAUAUCGAAGGAAAGGCAGCCGACCUUCUGUGAAAUGCUGGACCGUCACGUGGCUUUACCGGGCAGGCAAUAUUUAAAUUGUUCGAACUUUGACGAUACAUUUUUCAGGUGGACCAUCUAUUCUGUGAUUUAUCAAAAUUCCACCGUUAUCGCAUCGUCUGCCGUUAUAUUUUCAUUUCUCGUCGGAUUCAUAAUGACUACUAAACUUCGAAAACAUAUCAUAAUGAUCACGGCCCUCCUGAUAUCGGUGGCAAGCAGUUUCGGGAUAAAUUGGGCGCAGUCUCCGCCGUAUAUGCUGACGCUGGCGGCGGCGGUUAUCGUGACGACAAGAAUAGCGGGUAAUAUCGUUACCGCGGUGAAUGUCGACGUUAUUCCCGUCCCAUUAAGAGAUACAAGCAUCGGUAUCCUCGCAAUCAUUGGAAAUGUUGCCGCUAUCGUGGGAAAUCUGAUUUUCUCCGCGCUUCUGGAAACUGAAUGUAUCAUCGCUUUUAUAGGAUUGGGUUGUUUCUUCUCUGUCUGCCUGUGCAUAUCUAUUCUUUCUGCAAUCUGUGAAAGAACCGCCAGCGAACCUGCUGAAGUUAGUACAAAAUUGUGAAGAGCGCAAAACACAAAUCACCCGCAUAAUUACAGAAUUAUAAAAAUUCAAUUCAAUGUGUAGUUGUUUGAAAAAGCUCUAGACUGUGAUAUUUAUUUAAAACAAUUUA